AUGAGUGAUGACCAGUUAAUGGAUAAGUCAUAUAAAGCACUUUUCAGGUCGGAGACAUUGAGGUUAGAUGAUAGCUGGAAGUUACUUUACAACAGGUUGUUUGGGGCAGCACAUGAUAAUUGUCCUUCUGAAUUGGAGGAAAUCGGGAAACAAAUAGUAGGAAAAUGCCAAGGACUACCACUGGCUAUUCUGGUAGUUGCAGGGCAUCUCUCCAAAGUUCCCAUGACAGAAGAAAGUUGGGAAAGUGUAGCUAAAAAUGUAAGUAAAGUUAUUACAAGUUAUCCGGAUAAAUGCCUAGCAGUACUUGCUAUGAGUUACCAUCACUUGCCGAUUCACCUCAAACCAUGUUUCCUCCAUUUGGGGAUAUUCCCCGAAGAUUGUGAGAUUACUAUUGAAAGAUUGAUCCGAUUGUGGGUUUCAGAGGGAUUCCUCAAGUGUGAUAGGUUGAAAAGUCUAGAAGAAGUGGCAGAGGAUUGUUUGGAGGAUCUACCUAUAUUUGGAGCAGAGAGUAUUUCUUUCCCACCAUCACUAAAGAAGUUGAGCUUGAUCCGAACUCGUCUUCCCUGGGAUGACAUGGCAAUACUUGCCAAGUUGCCAAACCUGGAAGUACUCAAACUAAGUUGGAAUGCAUUUAGAGGUGAAGUAUGGGAACUGAAUGAUGAACAUCAGUUCAUCUCCUACUUUAUAAGACACAGCCAUAUAGGUGGGACAAAUCUUCAAUGUCUGGUGCUCUCGGAAAUAGGGGUGCAGCUUAAGGGAAUCCCUCUAAGCUUUGUGGAUAUAUGCAGCUUGGAGUCAAUCGAGUUGUAUCAAUGUUACGGUCGUCAUCUUCAGUGGCAGGAUGCCUUCAUGUCCGCAUCUAUGAAGGAUUCGAAUUCGCGUGAGACCUCUGGUUUAGAAUUUUUUCCUUUAUAUUGUGGAAGAUACAAAAAACAACAUGCAAAAUCUUCCAUCAAGCCAUCAGAGAACACAAAUCUACCUGAUGAAGAACUGUUAGAAGCAGUUAAGCACUAG